CCACAUAACUCUCUCUCUCUCUCUCUCUCUCUCUCUCUCGUUAAUUGAAACUUAGUUGCAAGAAUGGGUGUCUCUUUCCUUUCAACUCUUCCUUCUCUUCUUCCACUUGCUCAUGAUUCAUCACCUACCACCACCACCACCAUCAGACACCACCCUCGUUUAGUAACAAUUUGUGGUUAUAAUAAAAUCAAAGCCAGUUAUCAUGUUAUUGACGAAGGACAUUUCAGUUUGAAAAGAAGAGACAUUCUUAAAUCCCUUGGGAUGACUAUUGGCUUGGAAUUGAUAGGAAGCUCUGGAUCCCUUGUUGGAACUGCUAAUGCCGCUGAUUUGAUACAGCGCAGACAGCGUUCUGAAUUCCAGUCGAAGAUUAAGGGAACGCUUUUUACAGCCAUAAAGGGAAAUCCUGAUCUAGUUCCAUCCUUGCUAACACUGGCUUUAAAUGAUGCUGUGACCUAUGAUAAGGCAACGAAAUCGGGUGGCCCGAAUGGCUCUAUACGAUUCAGCUCAGAAAUAAGUAGACCUGAAAAUACGAGACUAUCUGGUGCCUUGAGUUUAAUAGAGGAAGCAAAAAAGGAGAUAGAUUCAUAUUCAAAAGCUGGACCCAUAUCAUAUGCAGAUCUAAUCCACUAUGCAGCACAAAGUGCUGUUAAGUCUACAUUUAUAGCUGCUGCGAUUCGAAAAUGUGGUGGAAAUGAGGAGAAAGGGAAUUUACUGUACACUGCAUAUGGAUCAAAUGGGCAGUGGGGACUGUUCGACAAGCAAUUUGGUAGGGAAGAUGCUCAAGAGCCGGAUCCAGAGGGGAGAGUUCCCUUAUGGGAGAAAGCAAGUGUUCAGGAAAUGAAAGACAAGUUUUCUGCUGUAGGCCUUGGUCCUCGCCAGCUGGCUGUUCUGUCUGCAUUCUUAGGCCCUGAUCAGGCUGCGACAGAGGCCAAAUUGGCCUCCGAUAAAGACGUUGCUCCAUGGGUUGAUAAAUACCAACGGAGCCGCGAAACAGUCUCGCAGACUGAUUAUGAGGUUGAUCUGAUUACCACUUUCACAAAAUUGAGUACAUUGGGCCAACAAAUCAACUACGAGGCAUAUACAUAUGCUCCUCCAAAGAUCGACAUUACUAAACUCAAAUUGUAGAAAUGUAGGGCCAUGUGAUCUUUUUGCUUCCUCCCACAAGACACAACCUGAACUUCAAUUUUUGACUUAUCAUUCUCUUUUGUAUUUUGUAUGCAAAACCUUAUUAAUUGAUGUACAUUUAGUGAGAGAACACCGUUAUCCUCAAGCAAUGUUGAAGAAAAAUCAAUUUCAAAGAAUGGAAGAGAAUUCCAUUCAUUCCAAUCCCUUGGAAUUUUGCGCCA